AUGUUGCGAGAGACUGCAUUUGCGACAUUUAAGGUCAAUGAUAUCUACUCGAAAAAGGAGGCCAUCAACCAGCUGGACAGUGCGAUCCUGCUGAAGAUGCAUUACCACGGACACUGCGACGUGCAGAUGGCUCUAGAUGAAAUUCUGGACGAUUUGAGGACAUCCCGAAAGAGAUUUGAUGCACGCGAAUGGAAACGGCUGGUGUGA